AUGUCUACGCCCCCUUUGGCGGCCGGGAGGGCGCCCGGGCCGUUCGCCGGGCCGCAGGCACAGCAGGCCGCGCGCGAGGUGAACACGGCGUCGCCGUGCCGCAUCGGGCAGGAGACGGUGCAGGACAUCGUGUACCGCACCCUGGAGAUCUUCCAGCCGCUCAGGAAUACGCAGUUGCCAAAUGGUGUCACCUACCACACGGGGACCUACCAAGACCGGCUCACAAAGCUGCAGGAUCGCCUUCGCCAGCUGUCCGUUCUCUCCGGGGAGUUGCGGCUGGUCUACGACAAAUGCAAUGAGAACUGUGGAGGCAUGGACCCCAUCCCAGUAGAGCAACUUAUCCCAUAUGUGGAAGAAGAUGGCUCCAAGAAUGGCGACCGGGCUGGCCCGCCACGUUUUGCUUGUGAAGAGAUGCGGGAAUUUGCUGAAGUCCAUAAAAAACUCAAACAGAAGACUCAGCAGCUGAAGCAAAUCGUGGAUCAGCUACGGAACCUGAUCUGAGAUGUGAACGCCUUGCUGGCC